AUGGGACGCGCCGCCUCCAGCCAACCUCCAACGUUUGAGUGGGAAGGGGUUCGGUGGGCACGAAUCGUUGGCGUCAAAUUUGAACAGAGCGCUUCAUACGUCGUACAGACAUGGCAGGAGAGCCCGACCAUUGACCCGGGCAGACCGGAAGGAAGAGGGCUGGGCCUGCCCAGGUCACGGGCGGGUGUCGGGAGUUCCUGCAGCGGCUCGGGCACCGCUCAGGGUGUGGAACACAAGCGCGCGGCUGCGCUUAGCUAG